AGGAAAAAGGUCCAAUGCAUAUGAGUGGUUUGAGGCUAUUUCAGUUUGCGAGGGGCAUCUGAAGACCAUGGUAUGAAGGAAGGUACUUGUCUGAGGAAGGAAACAGUCAGGAAAAUUGAAGGCUUCCCACUCGAGCAGUGACGCUUCUGUACCAUACGAAUCACUAAUAAUAUAAUUAAUUCGUGGAUGUCUCAUACAUCCAUAGUUUUCCAUAUUUUUUUAAAAAAAAGCCACUACUUUGUUGCGUAUGAUUGCCUUCCAAUUGCACACACCAAAAAGGAGAUUCUCCACCAUAGCUUCUUUUUCAUGUUUCGUUGAUCAUUCUCUUCUCUUCCCCCCCCCUCCUUUCCUAAAAUCCUUCUGCGCCUCUGUCGUAUGCUUAAGCUUAACUUCACCAAAUUCUCAGUUUACUGCAGCUUCUUGUUCUUCUCCUUCUUCGUGGCUCUUGCUUGGUGCUUUCCCAUUAGAAUUUAUAACUGUAUCAGUAUAUUUUCUUCAUCAAUAGGUGUUUUCAUCCAUCAUGACGUAACCAUCAGCGAUCACCAAUCAAUUCUGAGAAGUUUGAUGUAUGUCUGAAGCGAACAGACAUUUGAGCUGUGCCUUUUAGCCAUCCAGCUGCUGAUUUCUGGGGCUAAUCGUAGAACAAAUAGCCAAAAAGCAGAUUUGUUGUGGUCUUUGUUGCUGGUUCUCUAAGGCUGAAAAAGAUUGAUUGAGAAGAUGAUGAGAGGAGUGAAAUUUAGCGGGGUUAUUGUCCGUUUGUUGUGUAGUGUGGUGUUGGUGGGGAUAGUGAGAGGGAUCGGGGUGAAUUGGGGGACACAAUCAACACACCCUUUGCCAGCACCAACAGUGAUGAAAAUGCUCAAAGACAACGGAAUUCAGAAGGUGAAGCUGUUUGACGCUGACCCAAAUACUCUGGAUGCUCUCAAGAAGUCAGGGAUUCAAGUCAUGGUGGGCAUUCCAAACGACAUGCUCGCUUCACUAGCCAACAACAUGCAAGCUGCUGAAAAGUGGGUCUCCAAGAACGUUUCGUCUCACGUCUCUUCUGGUGGAGUAGACAUCAGGUAUGUUGCCGUGGGAAAUGAACCUUUCUUGUCAACAUAUAACGGCACUUUUGUGUCAACAACUCUUCCAGCUCUUCAAAACGUCCAAUCUGCUCUCAUCAAAUCCGGUUUGGCCAAUCAGGUCAAAGUCACUGUCCCUCUGAACGCCGACGUGUAUCAGAGUUCAUCCGACAAGCCCUCCGAUGGGAACUUCCGGCCAGACAUCCACGACCUUAUGCUGCAGAUUGUCAAGUUCUUGAGUGACAAUGCAGCCCCAUUCACAGUCAACAUCUACCCAUUCAUCAGCCUCUACAAAGACUCAAACUUUCCAGUUGACUACGCCUUCUUCAACGGCUACCAGACCCCCAUAAAUGACAACGGAAAGAUCUAUGACAAUGUGUUCGAUGCCAACCAUGACACGCUUGUUUGGGCAUUGCAGAAAAAUGGGUUCGGAAACUUACCCAUAAUUGUGGGAGAGAUUGGCUGGCCUACGGACGGAGACAGAAAUGCAAAUCUUCAGUAUGCUCAGCGUUUCAACCAAGGUUUCAUGUCUCGCUACAUUGCAGGAAAAGGGACUCCAAUGAGACCUGGCCCUGUAGACGCUUACUUGUUCAGCCUCAUAGAUGAAGAUGAUAAGAGCAUUCAACCUGGUAAUUUUGAACGUCACUGGGGUCUGUUUUACUUCGAUGGUCAACCUAAAUACCAGCUUAACAUUGGAUCGUCGGCUAAAGGUUUGGUGGCUGCUAGGGGCGUGCAUUAUCUGGAGAAGAAGUGGUGUGUGUUGAAGCCUUCAGCGAACCUUAAUGAUGAGCAACUGGCACCGAGUGUGGCUUAUGCUUGUGAGAGAGCAGAUUGCACUAGUCUUGGAUAUGGAACUUCUUGUGGGAAUUUAGAUACAAAGGGUAAUAUCUCUUAUGCAUUUAACAGUUACUACCAGGUACAUGACCAGCUUGACAGCGCUUGCAAGUUCCCAGGCCUUUCCGUCAUCACCAAUCAAGAUCCUUCAGUUGGAGAUUGCAAGUUCAGAAUCAUGAUCCAGACAGAUUCUGCUAACCCGGAUAGGAGGAUUGGAUCUUUCACGAUAGUGCUGUUUUUAUAUUUGCUUUUUGCUAUCCUAUAAUCUAAGCAGCUUCAAGUUUUCAUUUUUAGAUAUAUAUUUAUAUAUAUACACACUUUUUUUUUUUGCACAUAUAUAUAUGACCAUGAAAGGCAUGCUUUUCUGAA